GAUCUGGUGGUGAUAGUACGAGAUGCCAUGGUGCCUCCUAUCAGUGUCCAAAAGGCAGUAGCCAAAAAAUCAGCUCCAAAAUCAUCUGCAACUCAGAAACAUGGCACUGGCCAUAAAUCUACCUCUCCACCACGUAACUUGUCAGUUGAAAAGUCAUCAACAGUUAUUAGGAAGACCAUGGACAUCUUAUACGAAGACAUGGAGGGGUUAGAUUUCCAGUUGAUCACUGUGGGAAAUGAAGACAAGUCCAAUGAAUCUGCUGACAGCAGCCUUCAUCAUGAAGAUGAUCAGCAAGGAAUUUUUUCUUCAGAAUCAGAGGACGAAGACGAAGAUGUGAUUCCUCCUACUCCGCCUCCAGCGAAGAGAAAACGUAGAAAUCAGUCUGUCAAAUCAUUGAGCAGCACCAAAUCUAAGGUUUUUUUUAUGGUAAAACACGUAAUAGUACCUUACAGUCAAUAUUGA